AUGCGUGAAUACUUUGUCAAAGAAAUAGAAUUUGGAGAACCUGGUCAUCCAGAUCACAAUCUGAUCCAAUUUUUUGUAAAUGCUGACAACGAACCAAUCUUUUUUCCGGAUAGGGCACUUUCAUUUCUUUUCCAUGUGAAUCUCUCCACCCUCAGGGGACGUUUCAACCGAAUCAAUAAGAAAAAGGAUGGAAACCGUAUUUUGAUAAGUGAGAAAUCAAAGUUUAAACUUUCAGAUACUCAUUAUAUAAAUUGGGAUAAAAUCAUUCGUUUUAAUUCAAAUUCUACUACUACUCAAACCAACAACAAUAAUAAUAAUCAAAAUACCAAUACCAGUAAUAAUAGAACUACUACAACCAACAACAAUAAUAAUUCCACCUCAACUUCAACUUCAAAUCCCAAUUUGAUUCAAUUUGAAAGUGAUAUUUCGUCAGCAUCAACAUCACCGGAGCACAACUCACCUUCGUUAAACUCUAGUAGUCCAUUGCAUGGUCUGGUUGCACUGAAUCAUGUGAAACUGGUGAAUAGAGCACUGGCCGAUUGGAUCUCCUCCAACUACGAGAGACUUGGUACCAGCAUCCAAACGAUUGUUGAUAAUUUUCAUAGCUAUGAGAUUCCGUUCACUAGAAGUGGCGAUAUUCUCUCGAUCUCGAUCAACAACAAAGAUGACCAAGAACCUCCACCCUACGCAUUCCAUCCAUACUCUGCUCCAUCUUCACCACAACUCCUUCCAUAUCCAUACUUGUAUCAAACACUCAGUUGUAACAAUAGUCAGUCAUCGAGUUGCGAUGAAGACAGUGAAGAUGAAUACCAAAACCUGCUGUUGCUUCCAAAAUUACACGACAAUACUAUCAUCAACAACAACAAUAUUAAUAAUAGUAGUAGUAGUAGUAACAAUAAUAAUAAUCGAAUCCAAAAUCAUUUGAACUAUUCAUUUGAUUCUCAAGCGUCAUCAUCUGCAUCAACACCCAAUACCACUUCAAAUCUUAAAUAUUAUAAUCUCAACUAUAAUCUUGACAAUCAACAACAAUUCAUCAAUAAGAAAAUUGAUCAUUCAUCAUUCCAUCCCUACAAAUCCAACAAUACCAAUAAUAAUCAUUAUCAAGCGCAAUCAAAAUCACCAAUUAGAAACAAUAACAUUGGCAAGUCCAACCAAUCACUUCACAGAUCUACUGAUAGUUUCUACAUCAACACUACUCCUGAGAAAGAUAAUAACAAUAUUAUUUAUGAAUCAACUUCCAAUACCUCAAUCCCAUUCUACAGAGGAACUACCAAUAGCAGUCCAACUCAUUUUAGUUCAAGAAGUAUAAACCACCAACAAAUAUCACCAAGAGAUAAUUCUUAUCAAUUAUCGCCUAUCAAAGAAAAUGGUCAUUCAAGUAGUUCGUCAUUGCACAAUCUUCAUCUACUUCAAUCACCGGUGAUGUAUCAUGGACAAUCAUCUUCAUUUUUGGUACAUCCAAAUCAAACCUCACAUCUUCAACCACCACAAUCAACACCGAAAGCGAGACCAUUCUAUCAUUACAAUUCUGAACCAUCUUUAACAAUAUAUCAAAAUCAAAUGAAAAUUAGAAACACCAACAGCAACAAUACCAACAUCAACAUCAACAACAAUAAUUAUAAUAACAAUAGUAAUAAUAUUUUUGAAUCAAAUCAAAAGAAUCAUCACAACAACCACAACACCAUCAACAACGCCAAUAUCAACAAUAACAAUAACAACAAAAAUAGUUUACUUUUCAACAAUAUUAUUGAAUGCUCAUUGGAGAAUGGUUCACUGUCGCGUGAUAUCGAUCUAAUCAAUCUCAAUGGUUUCGAAGAGCUCAAAAAGAAACUAACAGAGAUCUUCAAUCUGAGUUCGUUCUCUAUCAUCGCCACCGCCAAGAAACCGAGCUCGAAUGACUACAACAAUCAUGCACUAUACUCCAGCAGUCAAUACGAUGACAUCUACAUCAACCACAAUGAACUCACCAGCAGAAACAAUGAAAGUUGGAAAGAAUUCGCCAAAGCAGUGAAAAGAAUCACCAUAAAGCCAGUCAACAUCACACCAGACAUUAAAAACUUGAGGAUCAUAAAAGCCCUUUUUAUGUCCUAA